AGACGCAGAACCCGCGUGGCACGGCGCCGGUGGGAGGGUACGCUAGCCGUUCCUCCACCUGAUGGGCAUUGACAGCACAAGGCAUCGAAUGGCAUGCAGCACCGCGCGUGCAAAGUCGUGCAUACACGAUCACUGCCCACCACUCAGCACCCUCGCAGCCGUCGAUCAGCCCGCUCACACACAUCUUUCUGGCAGCGGCGGACGAAUCUCGAGAAAAGAGCCCUUCUGGGCGAGUAUCGGGCGCCUCAACGGCGCUCAAAUUACCUCAUUCGGACGCACUCGAGCAUCGUACGAGUGACCUAAGCGAAGCGACCGUUUGUGGACACCUGGUCAUGUCGUUCCGGUCUGGCCGCGUGGAAAUGGUGCGAUGCACGACGCCUGCU